CACCUCAAUUUCAGAAUCCAUCGUCAACUCACUCUCCACCAUUUCCGUAACCUAAUAAAAUGGGUGGAAGGCUUUUGGCCGCAAUGGUAAGAAACGACAGACCUGUAUUUCUUGCUUUAAUUGACAAGCAUGAAGAGCUUCUUGAUAAAAGAACAGCAAUUACAUCCAACACAGCAUUGCACAUAGCUGCAAGGUUUGACAUUGCAUUCGCGGCAGCCAUCAUAGGAAGACGUCCCGACAUGAUUGAAGCUGAGAAUAAUUACCACGAGACUCCAUUGCAUGAAGCUUGUCGUCGAGGAGCUGCCGAAAUGGUGAAGCUGCUAAUGGCACACAAUCCCUGGGUGGCAACUAAGCUCAACCGCGAGAGCCAUAGUGCAUUUUUCCUCGCCUGCAGAGAAGGUCAUCUUAAUGUAGUCGAGCUAAUGGCGAGUCAGUCCUGGUUGAUGGAAUUCGAGGAGGAAGCCACGGAUUCAACACCUGUCCAUGCAGCCAUCAUGAAAGGACAUUUCGACGUUGCAAAAAGGGUGCUAGAGGUGUGCCCAAACUUCGCUCAAAAGACCAACAGAAACGGACUUUCUCCAUUACACUAUGCUGCCAGCAGAGGUCAUCUGAAGAUAACAAAAUUGCUGCUUAGCCUUGACCCGGACCUUGCUUUGCAGUACAGUAAUGAUGGCUACACACCAUUGCACCUGGCAGUAAUAAAUGGCAGCAUCGCGAUCCUUGAAGUAUUCAUGGCGAGUUCACCCAAUUCUUUCCAAAAUUCCACUGAAGAAGGGCAAACAGUCUGUCAUCUUGCUGUCAAGUUUAACAAAUAUGACACAUUCAAAUACCUUGGGCAGGGUCUAUGUUUCUCUAACAUUUUCAGUAAGCAAGAUCAGCAUGGAAAUGCCGUAUUACAUCUCGCUGUCCUUAGAGGAAACCCUGAAUUCGUCAAGUACAUCAUCCGCACCAAAACCGUCGGCAUAAACAUUCAGAAUCAUCAAGGUUGUACAGCACUGGACCUCCUUGAACUAGCUGGAAGUCAUGAAGAAAAUAACCAGAUAAUCAGAGAAUUGUUGUGCAGUCCUCCUGAAGAAAACAACCAGAUAAUCGGAGAAUUGUUGUGCAGUCCUCCUGAAGAAAACAACCAGAUAAUCGGAGAAAUGUUGUACAGUCCUCAUGAAGAAAGAAAUAUUGAAUUAUCACGUCUCACGAAGGAGAGUCCUUCUGGUCAAUCCAGGAAUGACUUAGGAAUCUAUAGUGAGGUACCCAUCAACAUUGGAUGUCGUCAAAGAACCUCAAGAGAGAAUUUACUAAUGCAUCAGUCUGGAAUGAAUGUAACAAAUACUCUAGUCAGAAACAAACAUCUAAGUAAAUCGUGUGCAGACUUGUCUAUACCAGUUAUUCCACCGAACUCAUCGCAGAAUUUGCUUGAGCCAGAGUCCAAAGAGACAUCUGAAAUUGUGGUUGGUCAAGAAACAUCAGAACCAGAGCUCUUAAACGAAGCAAAGGAUUUGGCAAGUCAGCUGCGACAGCACAAUCAUCUCAGUGAGAGACGCAGGGAAGAGCUGAGCAUGCUAUUCAAGUAUCGCCAGAAUCAGCAAAACGAGAUACACAGGGAGGCACUUCUUAAUGCCAGAAACACAAUUAUAUUGUCUGCAAUUUUAAUUGCCACAGUUACAUUCGCUGCUGGGCUCAACCCUCCUGGUGGAGUCUACCAAGAAGGACCACUAAAAGGAAAAUCAACAGUUGGUCGAACAAAAGCAUUCAAGAUCUUCACCAUAUCUAACAACAUUGCAUUGUUCACAUCUUUAUGCAUUGUUAUUGUUCUGGUAAGUAUCAUUCCCUUCCGAAGAAAACAACUCAUGAAGCUACUGACGCUGACUCAUAAGGUCAUGUGGGUGUCUCUGGCGUUUCUGGCAACAGCUUUUGUAGCAGGCACAUGGAUCAUUACCCCUCAUAGACCCGGAACAGAAUGGACAUUUGAGGCUACAGUUGCUGUUGGUGGAGGAACCAUGGGAACUGUGUUUGUGUAUCUAGGAGUCUCGUUGGCAAGACAUUGGUUGAGGAAGUUGAAAUGGCGGAAAGAGCAUCCAAAAAAGAAACGGAAUGAAAGCAAAUCCCAGCAGGCGCCACCCACCAACCUAGAUGCUGAAGCUGAAUUGUAUUCAGAUUCCUACAACUCCGAUCUUGAUAGCUCCAAAUCCUUAGGAUACCAUACAUACUGAUGCAAAUUCUGGAUGGAGCAAUUAAACAAACACGUAAUCUGCAAUGACCCAAACACAGCUGCAGCAGUUCUCAAGUGAUGAAGGAGGAGUAUCAGUCAAUGGAACAAGAAGGAAAUCCCUCCAUCUUAUGUGGACCGCUACUCAACUCAACAAUACCCAUAAUUGGAAUUGUGGAAUACCGUUACGCAGGAGAAGCAAUGUUCAUUUGCAGAAGAAUAAAAGUCUUUGUUUUUUCUUUCCAAUCGGAACUGAGACUAUAUCUAUAAUGGGCUACCUUAACAGGCUUCAUCUGUUCUCUAAGGGCUUAAAAACUUGGGUUUUCGUUGAUGGGUAGAUGAUGGGCUCCCUUAACGAGUGGGCCUCUCAUUGAUCCCAUGGUUGCUAGCACCAUAUGCCAAGUUUUUCCACAUUAAUCUUCAUAAAAGAUUCA